UAGGGACAGCAGAGAGUCUGAAAAAUCAACUGAAACAAACAAGAGUCUCCAUCUUCAAAAGCUGCUUCCUUCUUUAUUUUUUUAUCCUCAGUUCGUCAAUGGCGACUACUCUCUUUCUCAACCAAUCACAAUCCUAGAAUUUUUUAUUUUCAUUACCUCGAUCCUCAACUCCAACACUAUUAUUCUAUAUAUUUCAUAGUACUAUGUUUUGAUUAUUUCUUAGAGAAAAAAAGAGAGUUUUUAAUUCAUCAGUGUCAAGUUUUUCAAGUGAAACUCUCUUAUAAUCAAAUCAUAAUCAUGAAGAAAGGAAAUUUGGGUCUUGGUCUCAAACUCUCUCUUCCUCAAACUGAUCAAGUUGCGUUUGCAAAAUUUCUGACUGAAAGUGGAACUUUUAAGGAUGGAGAUCUGCUUGUUAACAGAGAUGGAGUUCGAAUUGUCUCUCAGACUGAAGUUGAAGCUCCACCUCCAAACCCAAUCAAGCCAACAGACAACCAGUUAAGUUUGGCAGACAUAGAUAUAGUGAAAGUUGUUGGGAAGGGAAAUGGAGGGAUGGUGCAAUUGGUGCAGCACAAAUGGACUAACCAGUUUUUUGCAUUAAAGGUAAUUCAAAUGAAUAUCGAAGAGUCUGUGCGCAAGCAGAUAGCUAAAGAGCUGAAAAUUAAUCAAGCAGCACAAUGUCCUUAUGUUGUUGUCUGCUACCAAUCAUUCUAUGAUAAUGGUGUUAUAUCAAUCAUCUUAGAGUACAUGGAUGGAGGUUCCAUGGCUGAUCUUCUGAACAAAGUUAAAACAAUUCCGGAGCCUUAUCUUUCUGCCAUCUGUAAGCAGGUUCUGAAGGGUUUAAUAUAUCUUCACCAUGAAAGACAUAUUAUCCACAGAGACUUGAAACCUUCUAAUUUGUUGAUUAAUCACAUAGGCGAAGUUAAGAUUACUGAUUUUGGUGUUAGUGCAAUUAUGGAAAAUACAUCUGGUCAAGCAAAUACUUUCAUUGGCACAUACAACUAUAUGUCCGUAAGUAAAAUAUGUAAUCAUAUGUGCAUAUUGUUUUACUGCCAAAAAUGGAAAACUGAUUUGUGGAAAAUAAUUUCCAACCUGUCGAUUUUACAGCCAGAGAGAAUCAAUGGAAGCCAACGUGGUUACAACUACAAAAGUGAUAUAUGGAGUUUGGGACUAAUAUUGCUCGAGUGUGCUUUGGGGCGGUUUCCAUAUACACCACCAGAUCAAAGUGAAAGAUGGGAAAGUAUAUUUGAGCUUAUUGAAACUAUUGUCGACAAACCUCCUCCUACUCCUCCAUCUGAACAAUUUUCUGCAGAAUUUUGCUCAUUUAUCUCUGCAUGUCUACAGAAGGACCCGGCAAACAGACUGUCGGCUCAGGAACUUAUGGAACUACCUUUCAUCAGCAUGUAUGAUGACCAGCAUGUGGAUCUUUCAGCUUUCUUCUCCGAUGCAGGAUCUCCACUCGCAACCUUAUAAAAGAUGGCUUCUGCUUGCAUAUGGGAAGCAUUUGCGGAUGAGUCAGAUAAACCAGCUCAUAGAGUUAUGCCAAAGAUAAUGUAUUCUGUGUGUUGUUUAGUGAUUGAGUUCAAUAUAAUUUGUGAGAAACUCAUAGAUGAAAGGUUCAAGGAAUUGCCAUGAUUUGAACUUGGUGAAGAAUUUUAAUGAUGAACAUCGAGUAUUAAGGGCUACUUGCUGUAAAAUGUUUGUAAUUUUAUGAUUGCAACAGAACUUACCCGUAAGAUUUGCCAAAGAUUCAGAGAA